AAAUGCAUUAUGUUUUCUCUUUAUUUCAGACUAUAAGAUUCAGAUAUGUUCCUAUUUGAUUGGAUUUACAGUGGUUUCAGUAGUGUAUUGCAGUUUUUAGGACUGUACAAGAAAUCAGGCAAACUAGUGUUUCUUGGACUGGACAAUGCUGGAAAAACUACACUGCUGCACAUGCUCAAAGAUGACAGACUGGGACAGCAUGUCCCCACGUUACACCCCACUUCAGAAGAGCUGACAAUUGCUGGCAUGACUUUCACUACCUUCGAUCUGGGUGGACAUGCUCAAGCUCGCAGAGUGUGGAAAAACUACCUGCCUGCAAUUAAUGGUGUUGUGUUCUUGGUGGACUGUGCAGAUCACGAAAGAUUACUUGAAUCAAAAGAAGAACUUGAUUCACUAAUGACAGAUGAAACUAUUGCUAAUGUGCCUAUCCUAAUUCUUGGUAACAAGAUUGACAGACCUGAAGCCAUCAGUGAAGAGAGGUUACGAGAGACAUUUGGUCUGUAUGGCCAGACAACAGGAAAGGGUAACACACCACUGAAGGACCUGAACGCCAGGCCCCUGGAGGUGUUCAUGUGCAGUGUGCUAAAGAGACAAGGCUACGGGGAGGGGUUCCGCUGGAUGGCCCAGUACAUCAACUGAUCCCUGCCAAAAUCACAGCAGCACAUCCUGGCCCAGGUCUCAAUGUUGUCUGCUCCUUAUUUGAUCACUCAGUGUACGUAACUUGAAUUCAUUUGACUGUUCAAUUUUAAAAAUACACAUUUUUAGCUAAUUAUAUCAUUGAUGCUAAAUUGUAAGUGUGAGGAUUGCAAAAUUAUUUCAAGCAAGUUUGUAAGUUUAAAUACCACAACCUGUGAGCUUUCUAAUCCCAUGCAACAUCCUUUUGCAGCUUUUAAUUUAAUGAGUCUCCAGCACCAUUUUUGGUCAGAGCAACUUUCCAGUACAGUAUGUUUGAAUGCACUUUUUAACAGCUGAAAACUAUGAACAUGUGAAAAAUAUUUAAUGCUUAUGUUAAAUUUUUUAUGUACUUUUUUGAAACUGGUUUUAUAAUAUUAGAGUAUAUAACCAUCUUUCAAGGAAUAAUAAAUAAUUAGCUGAUGGAUAAUUGCAUGAUGCCUUACAUUUUUCAAUAAUACACUUUCUUAUGCAACGUCAUGCAAUAAAUUUAAAUCCAGUUUUUGGCAUCUUUAAUGGGAAAUGUUUCCUUUUAAUGUGUCUUAACUAGUGAGGCUGAUCUGAAUAUGUGGGAUAUUUUCCUGAAACACAAGCAGGCCACAAAGUUGUUUCAUUCUAGUUUAGAGUAAGGUGGGUUUAUUCAGACUACUAAAUUGUAUUUAUUUUAGGAUUUUCCAUAGUAAAGGAAAUAUCUACUGUGAUGCCCUUAUAAUUACCACAAAUACAAAUAGUGUAAAUUAGCUGUGCCAAAGUAAAUCUUGAACUAAUGACAAAAGUGGUCUUAAUCUACUGAUCUCUUGAAUUAAACCCCUGAUGUGACACAAGAAAUACAGUUUCUUUUUAAAAAAAUUAAGACUACUACUGCACUAAAUAUCGUGUUUCAAAUUUCAUUCAUUUUUGGGUCUGCCAGAAGACUUGCCCAUGAAAUUUCCAGGAAAAAAAUGGGUUGCCACUGCUGCUUUUGAAAAUUUACCAGCUCACACCCAUUAGCCAGUUUUAUUUUUGGUGAUUUGAAAUGGGACAAGAUGGAUUCUUUUAUGUGGUUUUGCCCUGAAAUCUGCCCAGUGUGGCAGCUGCUGGCUGCCCAGGGCACUUAUUUCUGGGGUAAAAUUCAGUCCCUCUUUCCAGUUUCUGACUGCUUUUCCCUGCAUUUGAAUGUUAGUUCCCCAAGGAGAAAGCAGGUUAUCUUUGAAGAAAGGGUGUUGCAGCAUGUUUUAUUGAUGCUGGCUGGGAGCUGUGGUUGGUGCUUUCCUGUGCUGGACAUCUUUUACUUCUUAUUUGCCAAAUGAAGGUGGAGUUUCAGCUGUGGAGUCACCAUUUUGCUAUAAUGGGUUUGAGUUUCACUGUGUAGUUUGUUUUGUCCUUGGACAAAUACAAACCACGGCAAGUUGUACUGAAUCUCUUUUACUUCCUGUUGUACAUCUCCAAAAUACUUCAGGCCUUAUGUUUCCAAUGCCCGUGGCAGCAAAUGUAUUUCUGACUGGUUUGACUUCACAAAAAACUUUCUCUUGACCUCUGGGCUUGAAUCUCAGAUUAAAGGCUGUAGGCACAAAGCAAAUAAAUGAGACUUAUUCCUUGCCUGAACCUGAGCUGGUAUGAUUGAAUAUUGAUGAUCAGUUACCCACAGUCCUAGAUUGUGCAUCUGAAUAAUUCAAAACCUAACUAAUAUAAAUUGUAAAUGAAGUUUAUUACUGCAGAAUCACAUGCAAAACAUUAAGCCCAGUUUGUGUGUGGUGCAGUUCAGUGUGAGGGCAUUGGAUGGCUUUUCCAAAUGACCAACAUAGAGAAUAAUGCAUUCAAACUUGUGCUCAGCUGUAGAGUGGUGUCUCUGCUGCAUAAAUCCAAGCUGGAGGCAAGAUGUGGCUUCUCACCACUGUGAGGUCAGUCUUUACUACCUACAGCCAUUAUGUAGGGGAUAUGCCUCUUGUUUUUUUACCUCUAGCUUUUUCUGAUGAUGGUUAUGAUGCAGAGAACCACAGCUAAAUCACUAGAUGGUGUAAAUAUUAAAAGUACUACUUGCAGAGUCACAUUGUGGUGUUGAUGUGAGAGAUCUGGGACUGUGUUGCCUGUGCUUAUGGAAAUGAAGCUGGAGGUGGAGAUGUUCCGCUGCACUUCCACAGGCUGAGCCAUUGCAUGGGCUUGGAGGGAUCCUCUUCACCUGCUCUUCCAACUAACCAUGAACAACAGCACUAAAGAAAAGGGUAGUCCUACUAAAAAUUAAAAAGGAAGGGAGGUGAUGGUGCUUAAAAGAGUGUGUUAAGAAUAAUUCCCAGUGUUAUGGAAACACUCUUGAUUUCCUGGUUCCUGCUGUGUGAUGGUGGCUGAAAUGUGAUUGUAAUAAGGGCAUGAAGAAGGCUGGACCUUGAGUUAUCCACCUGGGUACGUUGUUGGAAUAGGUGAUCAAUGCUCAGUGAAAUACAUAAAUAAUCUUGCUCUGUUUCAUUUCAUUCAGCAGAGGAAGGACCUUUCUUCUGUGGUUUACAUUCUGUUGUGCGCAUGAAUGUGAAUGAGUGUUGUGUGUCUUUGUGUGAAGACUUCAUUAAUAGACAAGUCUACUGAUGAGAAUUUUCCUGAUGGUUCUCAUCCCCACCCCCUCCGUAUCUCCCUGGCCAUUUAUUUCUAUUUUAUUCCUAUGACUGUGACCAGUCUUGCUUCAAAAAAAAUAGUGUUCACAUUUGGGUCUGACUUAUAUGAAUCUCUUUUUUUUGCACUCUUGACUAUGCAGAUUUCAAUUGAACAUCACUUUAAAGAAUGUGAAAAAGAAAACUCAUUAAUAAAGAUCUUAUUUAUUAAUUGUC